AAAUUUCCCUGCACAAGUUUUCACGCAGUCGACAGCGCCCCCGUGUGGCCGAAAAAUGCAACAGGUGUGACAGAGAUGGUCACAGAGCAGAGGACUGCCGUUUCAAAGACGAAAUAUGUCACAAAUGCAGUAGAAGGGGGCACAUUCAAAGAGCAUGCAAAGCUAAAUUCAGUCACAACAGGAAAAUUAAAGGGUCUGUGAAUGCACUAGCAGAGAACAGUGGCAGUGAUUCAGAUUAACAAUUAAUUGGUACAAUGGAGUUAAACACAGUGACUUCUCCCAGCAGUAGCAUAAUAUGGGUGACACCAGAUAUCGAAGGCAAACCCCUCAAAAUGGAGCUGGACACAGUAUCUGCAGUGUCUAUAAUUUCCACUACUGUCUACAAUGAGCACUUUAAGGCUAUCAAGCUGAAGAACACAAAUGUGUUGCUGAAGACAUACUCAGGAGAGAGAUUGAGCCCAAUGGGGGCGUUGCAAGUCAGAGUGCAUUAUGGGGGGCAAACACAGCAGUUACAGCUGUAUGUGGUGCCUGGAACUGGCCCCCCAUUAUUUGGCAGGGAAUGGCUUUCAAAAAUAAAGCUGAAUUGGUGUGAUUUGAAAAUGCUCCACACGUUCCAGUCCAAAGAGAAAGGCACAGACCAAACACUGGAACACUUGCGGAAGAAAUACAACACAGUUUUCAGUGAUCAGAUGGGAACAGUAAAAGGCUUCACAGCAAAACUUGUACUAAGAGAUGACGCAACCCCAAAAUUCUGCAAAGCCAGAUCUGUUCCAUACUCCCUGAGACUAAAGGUGGAAGCGGAAAUCGAUCGCUUGCAGGAUACAGGGAUCCUGACGAAAGUGGACAGAAGCGAAUGGGCCACACCCAUAGUUCCUAUUGUGAAGAAAGACGGGUCUGUUAGAAUGUGUGGGGACUUCAAGGUAACUGUGAAUCCAAUGUUGCAUGUGGAUCAAUACCCCCUACCACAUCUGGAUGACAUCUUUGCUGCACUAGCUGGUGGGAAACACUUCAGUAAAAUCGAUCUGAAACAGGCUUACCUGCAGCUACCGGUUGAAGAGAGUUCCAAACAGUACCUGACAAUAAACACACAAAAAGGUCUAUACAGGUAUAACCGCCUGGUUUUUGGCAUUGCAUCAGCCCCAGCCAUUUGGCAACGAACUAUUGACCAGAUUUUGCAAGGAAUCCCAGGAACCCAGUGUAUCCUGGAUGACAUGAUCAUAACAGGACGCACCGACAAAGAGCACCUGGCUAACCUGGAAGAGGUUCUGAAAAGACUGAAAGAGUAUGGUCUACAGGCAAACUUAAAGAAGUGUGAGUUCUUCAAAGACAAGAUUGUCUUCUGUGGACAUGAGAUUGACUGCAAUGGAUUGCACAAAACACAGGACAAAAUCGAGGCAGUGGUACAGGCACCACGACCACAAAAUAUCACAGAAGUGAGAUCUUUCACGGGACUGAUCAAUUACUACAGAAGAUUCCUCCCAAACCUUUCAGCAGUACUCCAGCCUCUAAAUCAGCUCCUGGAAAAGAAUAGGACAUGGCGGUGGACAGAGCAGUGUGAAAAUGCAUUUCUGGAGGCAAAACGGCUCAUAACAUUUGAACAGGUCCUGAUGCAUUACGACCCGGAAAUGCCAGUGAAGUUGGCUUGUGAUGCGUCCCCUUAUGGAUUAGGGGCAGUCCUUUCACACACACUGAAAGAUGGGUCAGAGAGGCCAGUUGCAUUUGCGUCACGAACAUUGAAUGAUGCAGAGAAAAACUACUCACAAAUCGACAAAGAAGCACUGGCACUAGUGUGGGGCGUCAAGAAAUUCCACCCAUACCUAUAUGGCAAGCGUUUCACACUGGUUACAGAUCACCAGCCAUUGCUUUCCAUUUUCAGUCCAAAGAAAGGCAUUCCGGUAAUGACAGCAGCCAGGUUACAGCGAUAUGCCCUGUUCCUUGCCAGUCAUAUGUAUGACAUUGAGUUUAAGCCGUCAUCCCUCCACACAAAUGCAGAUGGAUUAUCCAGACUGCCGUGUACAAGAGAAAGACAAAGGAGGGUGGAUGCAGUGGACAUGUUCCAUACUGCUCAGCUUGAGGCCCUACCAGUCACAAGCACAGUUAUCAAACAGGAGACAAGGAAAGAUGUGACCUUGUCAAAAGUGUACACCUACACCAUGUCAGGAUGGACAGCUACUGGCAGAAAGGAGCUGACUCCGUAUUUCCAGCGGAGAAACGAAAUUACAACGUACCAAGGAUGUUUGAUGUGGGGAAUGAGAGUCAUGAUACCCCAGAAAUGCCAGCAUCUAGUCUUGCAGCAACUACAUGAAGGUCAUGUUGGAAUUAUCAAAAUGAAGCUGCUCACAAGGAGCCACUUCUGGUGGCCAGGUCUGGACCAACAGAUAGAAAAUAUGACAAAGAACUGUAGCGGAUGUUUGGAAACCCUUCACAUGCCUGCUCCUGUCCCAGUCCACCCAUGGGAAUGGCCCACAGAGCCAUGGCAGAGAAUUCAUGUGGACUACGCUGGUCCCUUUUAAAAGCACAUGUUUCUGGUUAUAGUUGAUGCCCAUUCCAAAUGGCCAGAGGUGUUUUGCACUGACUCCUCCACCUCAGCUCAGACGAUAGAGUGUCUCAGAACAACGUUUGCACGCUUCGGUUUGCCACUGCAGCUGGUAAGUGACAACGCGCAAGCUUUUGUAAGUGACGAGUUUACAAGAUUCAUGUCAGUAAAUGGAAUCAAACACUCAACCUCAGCUCCGUACCACCCUGCCACCAAUGGGCUGGCAGAGCGCUUUGUGCAAACCCUAAAGCAAGGACUCCGUGCAGCAAAACGAGACGAAGGGACUUUGCAAACAAAACUGGCCAAGUUCCUGGCCUCCUACCGAAACACCCCGCAUGCCACGACAAAUGAAAGCCCAGCCGCACUGAUGUUCGGGAGGCCUCUCCGCACACAGCUGGACAUCAUGAAGCCAAACAGGCGUAAUGAAGUGCUGAACAAACAAGCCAAGAUGCUCUCCGGUGGCCGGGAGCGCCAUCUCCAAACAGGACAGGAAGUGAUGGUGCGAGACUACAGAAGAGGAGGGAAAUGGACAAGAGGGACCGUACACACACAAACGGGACCCAGAACUUACCAGGUUCAAGUGAGCCCAGACAUAAUGUGGCGCCGUCACAUUAACCAAAUGCAUUCCAAGGAAAACAGCACAACAAUCGAGAGAGAACAGGCACAGAGAGAUCCUGAGAGUGACACACAGGGAACUGUAGAGGACGGUGGGGCAGUAGAGAGACCCCAGGCUGAAAGAAGGGAACGUGUUGAUGAAGGUGCUGCUAUAGCAGACGCUAUAAUGGAACAAGCACACACUGAGGAUGUUCAGGAGCCUCCAGACAAUCUGAGGCGCUACCCAGAACGAAGGCACCGUCCACCAGACAGACUAGACUUAUAAACAAACAAACAAAAA